UAUUCUCAGAUGUCACUCAAGAUUUCCUCCACUCGACUCAACCUCGGUUGAGGAUUUUUGGUAUUCAUAGUUGACAUUUACGUCCUCGACUUAUGGUUCUUCCUCACUGGAGGUGAGUAAAAAUUGAGGAAUGAACUGUCAAAUGUAAGGUACCUCGUGACCAACCUUAAGGACUACUCAACGCUUGAAAUCCGUGCGAACGCUUGUUGUGACGAUACUUUUUAUAUUACAAACUUCGAUUUUUGUUAUUAAAAUGAGUGAUAGUGACUUAUAUAGUGACUUUGAAGAGUUUAUGGAUUAUGUUUAUGAUAAUCCUUACGAUUAUCCGGCGCGGAAAUAUAUCAGAGACGCUCAAAACCCUUUGGAAUGUUACGACGAAGAACAAUUUCAAAAACGCUUUCGAUUUAGGAAAGAUACCGUUGUUCAUAUGAUAUUGCCACUGAUUGGAUUGCAAUCAAAUGUAACCAACAAAGGGUUACCUUUACCACCCAUAUUGCAACUACUCAUAGCGUUAAGAUUUUAUGCUACAGGAAACUUCCAGAUUGUUUGCGGAGACCUGCAUAAGAUCAGUCAGCCAGUUGUAUCUAAAAUCGUGGCUAAGCUAUCGAAAAUAUUAGCAAUGAAAGUAGUUGAGUUUAUCAAGUUCCCUGGAGCACACGAGAGAGCCAACGUGAAGAGAGCAUUUUACCAACGUGCUCAAUUCCCAGGGGUAAUCGGGUGCAUUGACUGCACUCACGUACCAAUUAAAAAUCCGAGUCGGGAAAAUGGAGAACUUUUCAGAAAUAGAAAAGGUGAGUUCUCUAUAAAUGUACAACUAAUAUGCGGGCCACAAAUGUUGAUUUACGACAUUGUGGCGAGGUGGCCAGGAUCUGCCCAUGAUUCCCGCAUAUUCAGCAACAGCCGUUGUAGUAUGCGCUUUGAAGAAGGGGAUUUAGUAGGUGCUGGCAUACUUUUAGGGGACAGUGGAUAUGCACAGUCGUCUUACACGUAUACUCCCGUGCUAAAUCCACAAACACCAGAUCAGGAGCGCUACAACAGAUCCCAUAUCAGUACUAGAAAUAUUAUAGAAAGGCUGAAUGGUGUCCUGAAAAGAAGAUUUGCUUGUUUAAGCAGGAAGCUUCAGAACAAAAUAAAAAAUGUCCCUAACAUCAUCGUGGCAUGUGCUGUAUUGCACAAUAUCAGUGUUAACACUAACCAAGAAAUGCCAGAACCCUUGAGGUCAAGGAUAGACCCACCAACACCUGUUCCAGACAAUGAACGAGGUAGUAUUAUAAGAGCUAGUUUUAUCGCAAGACAUUUUAGUUAAGUAUAAUUUUGUUAUGUUAGUUAUGUUUCCUCAGCAAAAAGAACGCCUUUUGUACCACUUGCUUCUUGUAUUUAAAUAAUAAA